AUCGAUGGGACGUCACGUCAGCUGCCGUCGUGUCGGGAUUGGAAUGUUACCGACUAACAAUCGGAACAACUGAGCACUCGGUAAUUGGACACUAGGAUCAAGGAAUCCCGUCUUUUUAAACAUUUUCUCAGCUAUUUACCCGAGUCUGAGCUUCGCGUUAGCUGCUCUCGUCUCACCCGGCUAACUUCGCCUGCUGCGUGGCUCCACUGGCCGAUGUGGUUUUUAUUUUAUAUCAGCGAGGGUAUGUGGGGAGGUUGUAAUAAAUAAGAAGAGAAAUGCAGGGAUUCGUCAGGUUACACUUGUACCGCUGAGCUGCCCCUGCGCGACGACGCUUCCCCCCUCCGUUUUCUCCUUUUGCCUCUCUUCACUCGGGACCAUGGAGUGAUAAAAGAAGGGGGGAUAGGACGAAUUUACCCCGAGGCAUUUGGAUACGAGCGCGGCGGCCACACCGACGGGGCUUUUACACUCUCCGGCCAAUGUGUUACCGAGUUUAACAUCCACACCGGGGUGUACCUUUCCGUCUGGGAGAGCCUCGGGGACCCCUGCCGCUGUUCAUCUCGGGAGGGGGGUAGAGAGAGAGUUCCCAGACGGUCCUCGGGACAGUUUUCCAUUUGAAUAGCCCCCCACACACAGCCAGCCUGAAUGAGGGUGAGAAGAAGCGCAGGAGAAGAGAGUCUCUGCAUAUGAUUGUGUCCGAGAGGGUCCGGGCAGCACUGGUCUUUUUAGGUGCACCCAAGUCCCGCUGCAGGCACCGUGCGAUAUGCUGAAACUCUACAGAAGAGGGGGAAAGGGACUAUACUUUUAAAAUCGCCCACAUGCACUGGAUCAAUUGCUGGAUUCGGGAACCGAAUACGCAGAAGGGGGGUUGUGGAUCCUUGGAGGCUGCCGGAGGAUGGAGCGGUGUAGCCGGGGUUGGUGAGAGCCUAACUUCGGGCCACUUUACAUUUCUUAUUCGUAAACGACUCGCCCCUGUUCCCAGGACACAUGCAGGCCAAAAAACGCUACCUGAUCCUGCUCUCAGCCGGUGCAUGUCUAGUGCUUCUCUUCUACCUCGGAGGGAUUCAACUUCCAGCGACGAGCAGGAGCCGGCAUGGCCGCGGCCGAAAUGGGUACCGGCCCGACCAGCCCUGGCCUCACUUCUCGGACCCUUUACACCCUUUUCUGCCCUGGGAUCAGACGGACAACGAGGAGUACAACCUGCACAUAUCUCCGAGGCAGAAGAGGGACGUCAACACGAGUGUUUACAAAGGCAAACGGUGCCGCAUGGAUUCAUGCUUUGAUUUCUCUCUGUGUCAGAAGAACGGAUUCAAAGUUUAUGUUUACCCGCAGCAGAAGGGGGAGAAGAUCUCCGAGAGUUAUCAGAAUAUUUUAUCCACCAUUGAGGGCUCGAGGUUUUACACCUCAGACCCCGGACAGGCGUGUCUGUUCGUCCUGAGUCUGGACACUCUGGACCGGGACCAGCUGUCCCCACAAUACGUCCACAACCUGAAGACCAAGGUCCAGAACCUGCCCCUGUGGAACGACGGCAGGAACCACCUCAUAUUUAACUUGUACUCGGGGACGUGGCCGGACUAUACGGAAGACCUAGGCUUUGACAUCGGUCAAGCCAUGUUGGCCAAAGCCAGCAUCAGCACCGAGAACUUCAGGCCCAACUUCGACGUGUCCAUCCCCCUCUUCUCCAAGGAGCACCCGAGGACCGGCGGAGAGAGGGGGUACCUCAAGUACAACUCCAUCCCGCCUUUUAGAAAGUACAUGCUGGUGUUCAAGGGGAAGCGCUACCUGACCGGUAUCGGCUCGGACACCAGGAAUGCCUUAUAUCACGUCCACAACGCGGAGGAUGUGGUGCUGCUGACCACCUGCAAGCACGGCAAAGACUGGCAGAAACACAAGGACGCGCGCUGUGACAAGGACAACGCAGAGUAUGACAAGUAUGACUACAAGGAGAUGCUCCACAACUCCACCUUCUGUUUGGUGCCCCGCGGCAGACGACUGGGCUCCUUUCGCUUCCUCGAGGCGCUGCAGGCUGCAUGUGUGCCUGUGAUGCUGAGUAAUGGCUGGGAGCUGCCUUUCUCUGAGAUCAUUGACUGGAACACAGCCGCAGUCAUCGGCGACGAGAGGCUCCUGCUGCAGAUUCCAACCACGGUGCGCUCCAUCCACCAGGAUAAGAUCCUGUCCCUCAGACAGCAGACUCAGUUCCUCUGGGAGGCCUACUUCUCCUCUGUUGAAAAGAUAGUGCUGACCACUCUGGAGAUCAUCCAGGACCGUGUGCUGGAGCACAGCUCCAGGAGCAGCCUGAUGUGGAACAGUCACCCUGGGGGACUUUUCGCCCUGCCGCAGUACUCUGGAUACCUGGGAGACUUCCCUUUCUACUACGCCACACUGGGCAUUAAACCGUACCCCAAGUUCACAGCAGUCAUCCACGCUGUCUCCCCACUGGUGUCCCAGUCCCAGCCCAUACUCAAGCUCCUGGCAGCUGUGGCCAAGUCCCAGUACUGUGCACAGAUCAUUGUCCUGUGGAACUGUGACAAGCCUCUCCCCGCAAAGCACCGCUGGCCUGCCACCUCAGUGCCCGUCAUCGUCAUCGAGGGAGAGAAUAAGGUGAUGAGCAGCCGCUUCUUGCCCUACGAGACCAUAGUGACCGACGCUGUCCUCAGCCUGGACGAGGACACAGUGUUAACCACCACAGAGGUGGACUUUGCCUUUACAGUCUGGCAGAGUUUUCCGGAGCGCAUUGUUGGUUACCCCGCCCGCAGCCACUUCUGGGACAGCAACAAGGAGCGCUGGGGCUACACAUCCAAAUGGACCAACGAUUAUUCGAUGGUGCUGACUGGGGCCGCCAUCUACCACAGGUAUUACCAUUACCUGUACACCAACUACUUGCCGACUAGUCUGAAGAACAUGGUGGAUCAGCUGGCCAACUGUGAGGAUAUCCUGAUGAACUUCCUGGUCUCUGCUGUCACUAAGCUGCCACCCAUCAAGGUCACACAGAAGAAACAGUAUAAGGAGACCAUGAUGGGGCAGUCUUCGAGGGCUUCUCGUUGGGCCGAUCCAGACCACUUUGCCCAGCGACAGACAUGCAUGAACAAGUUCGCCAGCUGGUUUGGCGCCAUGCCGCUGGUCCACUCUCAGAUGAGACUGGACCCCGUCCUGUUCAAGGACCAGGUCUCCAUCCUCCGCAAGAAAUACAGGGACAUUGAGAGGCUCUGACAGGACCGGCGCCCCCUUGGGGGAGACCCCACACAGGGGGAGGCGCGAGAGACUGACUCAGUGGAGAGUAGAAGGAGUAGUAGGACUACAGCAGGAUGGACAGGGAGCGACACAGCUCUGUCUUCCACCCAGCACAUUGCCAAUGUCCACAGCGCCGCUGCUGCCAGAACUUGACGCGGGAAGGGAUGAACAGGAAGCAAGCAGAUGGCAUUUGGAUUUGAAAAACACAAACAAAAAACGCAAACACAGACAGACAAAGAGGAGUACACAAACUGAUGGACAAGCCAAACAGUACUGUAUGUUUCGCAAAUGUGCAAACACACAGCACACACUACUGACGACGAGAACUCUUGAAUAGAAUAUUUUUUUGUACAACACGAACAAGGACGACAUUGACUUUCCUGCUCUUUCGGCACAUGUGCAGGACGGUAGAAGAGGGAAGGUGUCCAUGAUCGCGAACCUGGCAACCCCCACCCACUACAAAUCCUACUGGUCACCCCUAGCAACCCCAGUCUGCAUCAGGACAUUUUACUGGACUCACUACCAAACCCUGCUUUAUAUAGCCUGGGAAACACUGUUCUUUAGUUGGUUUGAUAUCAUUGUACAAAUCCAGCUCUCAGUAUCACUGUUGACCCUUUUCCCUCACGGAGAGGUUUUGAAUCGGAGCGUCAUCAGUUUUUAAUAUUCUCCUUUUCCAGGCAGGGGAAGUAAACAGCAGUGUCCAACCUGUUAUUACAAGGUUUUUCUUGGAGAAGCAGCCAUUAUUUCCUGAUAUUCUCAUCUAUCGUCGCACAUCUUUGAGCCUCAAAUCUAAAAACAUCCUGUCUGUCCUAUCCUUGGCUCAUUCCUUGAUGUGCUGAUAUGGCUUUUAUAAUGGUCUAUCUGCUUCCCUGUUAUCACUAAGAUAAGUUAGAAAAACAUCUUGUUUUUAUAUCCUAUUUUCCUCUCAUACUCACCAUGGCAGUUGUACUUUUCUUAUCUUUUUUUCCCACUUACUUUCAUCAUCUUUUAUUUCCCCCUUCAAACUCUCUGUACUUUCAGUCUUCUGUGCAAGUGUGUGUCUGUGUGUGUGUGUGUGUGUGUAUGUGUACAGAGCCUUGAAAAGUUGGCUCAUCCAACCAUAAGCUCAAGCGGAGUACAUUUUCCCUCCGUUGGAAUGAGUGAAAUGAACAUUUCUGGAUGAAAUGGAGCAGAACGCUGCAUUCUAACCCAAACUUGUUUCGCCCAUUUUUUGUUUUUUUUUUCCUUCUUCCUGCAAGGCCUCAGAGCACUAUCCUCACAGGGAGAAAAUUUCAGACUAUAGCAGGUCUUUAGUGAUGAGCAUCAUUUCACAGGAGUGCUUGUAGAGAGAUUUUUUUAAACGCUGAGUGCAUCAGUGCCAUUCUGACAUCAGGGUCUGCCUUUAAAAAUUGUUUAUUGCACAUCACGUUGCCUACAUCAGUUUCAGAUGCCUGGACACUCUCCUGUUGAAAUAUUCUGGUCAUCAGUCCAAUGUGGCUCUCCUGCUGCCAUGAAUUUUUUUUUUUCUUUCUUUUUUUGCCGUGACAUAUCAGAGAACCUCAGAGCCAUUAAAUUGACAAAAGGUUUUCUCCUCCAUUUGUCAGGCAGAGAUACGUUUGGGCUUCAAUUAGGUAAACCUAUUUCAUUUAGAGUGCUGUUUUUCCCCGGGGACAAGCUGUUGAUAAAACACUCUAACAUUAUGGACCAUUGUGUUUGUGACCCACAAACAUGACCCUCUGGCUAAUGCUAGCCUUGGGAGGACAGCUUUUUCUUUUUCCCCAAACCCCAACACAUCCUCCCCUGUGGUUGUGCUUGUCCAUUACUUGUAACAACUACUUCACAUUACUGUUGUAUCCACAUCAAACCGCCUGACAUUUUGCACCUUAAAUUACUUUAUUGAUAUCAGACAACCAGAUCAAAAUGCUAAAAUAACCAGCUUUCUCAGCCUUUAAUUGAUCAUUUCAAAGAAAAAGGGCUGUCUGAGAAAAUGGCUGCUCCACGCUGUCAUUAGGUCUGCGUGCGGCCGAGAGCACAGACAGUCCACUCACACCAUUUAGUCUGCAGACACUUGAAUGAAAGCGGCGUGCUUUUAGUGGCCUUUCUGUCAGGCAGGCAUUCAACAUAAUGUCUCAGCCAAAGCUUUUCAGUGCGCAUGUUAAUCAGUAGCUGUCAUCAUCAAUAUCAAUGUCACAUAUUCAAUGAAUGGUUUACUUUCAGCGUUUCUCAUUCAUUUGUUUAUGUUUUGUUCUACAAAGAGUUUAUAUAAAAUGUAUUGGAAAGCCUUUACAGUGUCAACAAGGGUGACACUCAUGCUUUUGAAGUGUCAUGUACAAUACCACAGCAAAGCUACUCUGUUUCAGUAUAUCAAAACCAGCAGGACCAUCAUAUGUUUUUUUUUCCUCACAUAUAAUGUUUGUAUUUACAUUCUGGGACUUUUUUUGCCAGGAGAGAUUUAUGAUCUGUUUAAUGUGGAGUCAUAACAAAAAGUGUUCGAUCAUCUUUGGUAUGUGACUCUGGGAAAAACAUAGUCCUCAUUUGGUCUGCAUCUGUUCCCUAUUUCAUCUACAGUGAACCAUAUUGUUUGAAUCCAUAUCAAGCCUUUUAUGUCUGAUUGUUUGAAUCACUGUUGUUAAUCAUCUCAAGAGAAUGGCAUCCCCCAGCUUUGCAAAAAAAAAAAAAACACCACCCAUUUCAAAUCCCUGCAACUCUCAGCACUGUACAUAGACAUAUAUUUAUUUUUUGGAAGAAAAAAAAAGACUGUGUACGAUUUGAGAUGACGUGGCACGAACAUGAGACUGAUCCUGCAUCGCUGAGGGGAGUUAAUGGUAUUUAUUCAUUUUAUUUUCGACACGCUGUGCACAUUAAUCCACGCAGAUGCCGAUACACAGCUCUUAUUACGUUUCACUCUGCAUUGGUUUUCCAGGGAAACAUCUAUCACACUCGCUUCGCUUUCUAAUACAGAGCUCCCCGAGAGAGAAAGAGAGAGAGGGGGAAUGUUUUCGGAGUUGUGGUAGUAGUAGUUUUAACUCCUGAAAAGAUUGCAUACACCAGUGAUCUAGGAUUGGAUUGGGCUGCACCAUCUUGGCUCUCCACGGGAGUCAAAUUGCAAAGUCCCAAUAAAGACUACGCCAACUGAAACAUGGAAAAUAAUAAGCAGCUGCGUCCCCUGUACCAGAUGGAAACAUUUUCAGAUUUUGCAGUAACAUCUUCCCCUAAUGCAUUACAAUAAUGGAUCUGGGGCUCUGACACAGUUGUGUUUAAAUUGCCUCUUUUCACAGCUUGGUUUCAGGUCAGAUAACUUGGCAACAGAAAUUGUCCCAUCUUUCAGUUGGCACGCCGUACAGUUUAUAAUGGAGUUCAGAGUGUGAUCGAUGCGAGUUAGGCCACAAGGAAAACCUCUGCAUCCACUCAAACGCCUGUCAUUUGAUCGGGAGAGACAUUAUGCAAGUUGUCGCUGUGUGCUUCAACACAGAUGGAAGAAGGUUUACCCAAAAUGCGCCAGGCAGUUGGUGUUUAUAGUGACGGCGGCAUGUGUUCUGGAAACUAGUCUGUUCUUGAUUUGUGCCUUUUAUCAACAUUUGAGUUCUUGACAUGCCGAGCACUGUCUGUCCCUGACUGUUUCCAUAAAGACGGGCAGCAAUAGCACCAAUGUGCAGGGCCUGAACAGCCCUGCCCUUCAUACACUGGAUGAGACACAGCUUCCAUUCUCUUGAUAUAACACCCCGUUUUCAUCUUUGUGUUCGGACACUGUUGCUAAGGCGACCACGCAUGACCACUUCCUGUUUGGGAUUAUUUAUCAGUGAUUUGGCUUUAUUGCAUUACCAAUCAGCAGUAAUAUCUGUUGAUCUGUAAGGACUCGGUCAAACCCAGCUGUCCUGAUGCCUUCUCCUCCCUCCUACCUUGUAAUUAACGGAAGACUUUUAUAGAGGUCACAAAUGAAAUAGAUAAAUGCCAAUUUUGUAAGAAUGAUUUAUAAAAAAAAUAAACUCAUAUUUGAUGAUAAA